AGAACUGGCUCUGGUUAACUGCAAUUGGAUAGUCAACUUCGAACUUUCCCUCGCCAAUUUUGCUCAAAUACGCAACCUCCGGGACAAUCCACGCUCUGUAAGAACAAUCACCAUAGACUUCACUGAUCGCUAUGAACAUCGACGAUCCCCGGUCCAGCAUAACACCCGACGCUGCUUAUCGAUCUUCCUACAUGUUUAGAGUGCACUUGCAUCGGUCCUGUCUUCUCCAUAAAUAUCGAAAUGUCUGCAAGACACGUUCAUUUGUUCCUGUGCAUCAUCCGUGUUGCUGAGCUUAUUUCCCCCGCAGGAACCGGCUAUUUGAUGGCCAGGACUACGCUCAAUGACGCAAUUUGGUGCACAAACUCGAAUCCUCAAUCCGUUCUGUGCAUACUUUUAAAAUAUAUGCAUAUUCCGGUCAUUGUCAUCUUGGGCCGGGUCCUAUGUGAGUGCAUGCGGUGUUUAUGAUAUGUUCCAUUGACUAUUGGACUGCCUCCGCUCACUGGUACCCUAUCGCAGCCGCAGCCGGAGCUUAGAACACUGGAAUGAUGCUGAGGUAGGUAUUUCAUUGUGCGGAAGCUCGCGAUCUUUCAGACAGAUCAUACGAGCA